UUUCCUUCUCGUCACUGUUUCAUGAAUCACAGAAGCAGAAAUCAGCAGAAACCUGCUUUUAUAGCAGACAAUUUUAAUUCGCUCGAACAGGUAACAUCAGCAUUGAGAGAAUCUGGUCUUGAAUCAUCAAAUUUAAUCCUCGGCAUUGACUUCACAAAAAGCAAUGAAUGGACAGGAAGGCGUUCAUUUGGAAGGAAAUCUCUACAUGCUAUUGGUAGCACCCCUAACCCAUAUGAGCAAGCCAUUUCUAUUAUAGGACGCACCCUUUCUGCCUUUGAUGAAGACAGUUUGAUACCUUGUUUUGGAUUUGGUGACGCAUCCACUCGUGAUCAAUAUGUCUUCAGCUUCUUUGCCGAUCAUCGACCUUGUCAUGGUUUUGUGGAGGCCCUUGAGCGAUAUAGGCAGAUUGCUCCUCAUCUUAACCUAUCAGGGCCAACCUCAUUUGCUCCGUUGAUUCACGCAGCAAUUGAUAUUGUUGAUAGGAGUAACGGACAAUACCAUGUGCUUGUGAUUAUUGCUGAUGGGCAGGUUACCAGAAACCCAGACGUACCAAAAGGGAGUUUCAGUCUUCAAGAACGUGCAACAAUAGAUGCUAUUGCUCAUGCAAGUCUCUAUCCUCUUUCAAUCAUUAUGGUUGGUGUGGGUGAUGGACCUUGGCAUGCGAUGCAGCAGUUUGAUGAUAGCAUUCCUCAGAGAGAAUUUGAUAACUUUCAGUUUGUAAACUUCACGAAGAUCAUGUCAUCAAGCAUGGAAAUAAGAAAGAUGGAAGCAGCAUUUGCUUUAGCUGCUCUUAUGGAAAUUCCAUUUCAAUAUAAAGCAACUCAAGUCCUAAGACCUAUAAAAAAAAGAGUAGGUCAAGUUAGCGCAUCACCAGUUCGUCCUCGUCCCUCUCAAGUUGUUGAAAUGGAUAAUGCAGCGAAUUCGGCAUCAAGUAGCAUAAGUACUCCAACGGAGCAGAUUGCCUUUUGCUGCUGCUCUUGUAGGCCUGUCCUAUUUGCUUAACAAACCAGAAGGACAUGACAUUUGGAUGCGGUCAUCUGACUUGCAAGAGCUGUGGUGCAACAUUAGAAAGAUGCCCCAUAUGUCGAGCAGCGAUAACCGUGCGUGUGAGGCUUUACGUUUGAUGAUAGAAUAAUGCAACACUGGAGAACGCAGCUAAAUCAUUCGUAUGAAGACUAAGGUUUUGUUUGGGACGGUUUUCUUGCUACUUCUUAAAGCAGCUUUUUAGUUCAAUAAUUAAAAUUUAUGUACUAGAAAGAUGCUUUAAGAAGCAACAAAAAAGCUGUUCCAAACGAAGCCUAAGACUUCGUUUGGGACGAUUUUUUUACUGGUUCUUAAAGCAGUUUUUCAGUAUAAAAAUUUUUGUACUGAAAAGUUGCUUUAAGAAGUAAUAAGGAAGUUUUCGUAAACCAAACCUAAAGUUAUCAGUCUUGUGCAGUAUUUUUCUUAGUUUUAAACACUUGCGUGUAUCUUCUGUGUGCCUUCGGAAUUUGGCUUCCAAGGAUUCGAAAAGGAUAUAAAGUGAACCAGUUGCAUCAAGGACUACUCAUUUGGUUCAAGGAAUCUAUCAGAGUAGCUUCCAACCUGUUAUUAUUUUCGUA